CUGUUUUUCAGGAUUUUAAAAAUGUGCUUUGUGUUUCCAUAAUAUGUGAUAUGAGUGAGAAAAUAUAUUUAUACUCUUCAAAGCUUGAACUGCUGUGUAGAAAUAGGUUUUUAACGACAAUAUUUAAAAAAAAAUCAAAUUAAGUUUUCUGAGUCCUAAAAGGCUAGAGUAAACAGGAGUUUUUGGUGCAAGACAAAAUGGUUCCAGCGCCUAAAUUAGAGAAAAAGUCGUUGUACACACGGGAAUGAUGGUCAGGAUAAUUGCUGUGACCCAAUUCUUGCUGGCCACUACCUGCCUGUUUGAUGUAUAUUCGGCGCAGACGAUACAUAAUCAGGGAAAGACCGGAUGUCAGCCCCACCCAGCGCUAGACCUGGAGCUGUGUCAGCCAAAGGUUGGAGACGUCCAGUCUGGUGACGUCAUAGAGGGGUCAGUGUGUCCGCUGGUCAGAGAAGAUGGGGUCAUUGACCGGAUGGUGUGUCAAGAUGGGGAGUGGAGGAUGGAGGAAGGACACACAGGAUGGGGGCUGCAAGAAUGUCGUCCACUGGUCCUACGGUCUGGCCACAACAUACUGGACUGUACAGACAACACCUACAAGACAGAGACGACCUGCAGCAUCGUCUGUAAACCUGGUCUCACUCUGGUGUCUGGUGUGGUCAACAGCUUCAAGUGUGGCAUAGCAAACAGCUACACGUGGUCCCAUCAAACGGAAUUCAACCCUUCGGCCAUCUUGCCUGACUGCUCAGAAACAAAGCGACCUUCAACAUUUCAACUAGAACUGAAGUUUUCUUACAAAAAUAUGAGCAUGUCAUCAUUGCAACAGGUGGAAGACAUUUUACAAGAAAUUCUGGUGGAGAGGGUGGAAUGUAUUCGUGCUGAUAUUUGUUCUUACAACAUGAGUGUUGCUUGUUCAAAUUGUAGUGAUGAAAACCUGAGUUUGAGUCAAGAUAUUAAAACCGUAGAUGUUCAGGUGAUGUUGGUGGUGAUGAUGAACUUAUCCAGUGAUACGGGACCGCCAAAAUAUUUGAGCUCACUUUCAGAAUCUGAGCGUGUGGUGGAGGUGGCGGCUGCCAGAUCUUUGUUUCAACUGACCAACAACACUGAGGCGUUACUUCAGCUGAAUGUCAGCCAUGUCCAGUACAAUGUCUCUGUCAUGUCAGCCAAGAUGUCAGCCACAUGUCAGAAUGGUGCUGUACUUGUAGAUGGCUUCUGUGUGGACUGUCCAGCUGGUACAUACUUAUCUGGCAACAACACAUGUGAAGUGUGUAGUAUUGGUUUCUAUCAGAACUACACCAGAUCGAGUCUAUGUAAUCUAUGUCCAAAAUGUACAAAUACAACUGGUAUGGGUUCAUACCAAAUGGAGCAGUGUGAAACUGUUGAUGGAUUUUGUAAUCAAGCAAAGUACGCUGCAGACAUGGAUGCAUGGUCUUUGAUUGUCGGUGUAAUUUGUGGAGCUGGGACCAUGAUUAUAAUCAUCGUGGUUGUAACUUUAAUUUUAACUAGGAGGAAGAGGAGGAGAAAGUCUACCUUUAACCCCUACGCUAUUUCGGAUAAAUUCUUCGACGAAGAUCCUUACGCCACACUUCCGGCUGAUAAUCCGUAUGACGUCAUUCCGGACAACCCCACCCAAGAGAAGGACGAAGGGUUUGAAAGUGCCGGCUACAUUUGUGCCGUGGACAAGGUGACUGACAGCUGUGACAGUCAGUUCCUGCACAGUGCCAACACUGCCAACUACCUGCUGGUCAACGGUAGGCCUGAGGUCAGGAAUGUGGACGAUUACUUGAAAGUAGUCGAUGCUUUGAAUAGUAGGCCUACGUCUAACAGCUUGCCCGAUUACUUGCAAAUAAUCGAUGGUGCUAAUGAUGGACCAUUAAACGAUACAUUGGACGAUUACCUACAUGUAAUCGAUGCUGUAAAUGACAGGCAAACCGACGAUAAUUCAAACGGUUCCAUGGUCAAACUCAACAGUCUGAAAGAUUUGGAUGAUGCUGUUGGUGAUGUAUACAAUCCACUCUACACAAAAGUUAAACGAGAGUCAGGUACUAAGGUGGGAGGUAACAAUGCUGAUGUGCAUGAUAUAACACCGGAAGUUGUUUUUGACAUGGAGGAACGCCCUCCCGACCUACCCCCCAAACGUCAUGUCCUCCCCACAGAUCUGACGGACACAAAGGGAGAUAACACAGAGACUGGGUCAGAUACUGUAGAACAUCAAGUCUACAACACAGCCCUGUGAUACGUGUAGGGAGAUAACACAGAGACUGGGUCAGAUACUGUAGAACAUCAAGUCUACAACACAGCCCUGUAAUACGUAUAGCGAUGAACUCUAGGGGUCGCCAGUGGUGGUGGGGAAAUAAGGCCUAGGCGCACUUGUAUCAUAUCAAUACAUAGUUUACUAUAUACAACAAUGUACACUUUAAUAAUGAAAUAAUUCACCAUUACAUUUUUUAUAAACUAUUUUUCGUUU